AUGAAUACCAUCGCUUUAUCCCAAACAUCUUUAACACCUUUAAAAUGCAAAUCCUCCCUAUCCUCCUCCUCUGUGUUGAAGGCGAGAAAGUCUUCGACGACGACGACGACGAAGUGUAUCAACAACAAUUAUAAUAAAAUGUCAUCAACUGCCAAGGAGGAAGAUAUUACCCUGGUCAUCGAACAACAAAACCAAAAGUCUUUGUCGUCGUCGUCGUUGCAAUCAAAGUUUGCUCGCGCCGCGGUAGGAGCUUCUCUCGCGCUCUCUCUCGCGUUAUCGCCAACGUCUGCUGCGCUCGCCGCGAAUGGUCUCCCCGACGAGGAGGUGAAAGUGUUGUGCGAUGCCGAGUGCGUCAAGUCUUUAGAUUCUAUUGAGAUGGUGACUACGCCGAGCGGUUUGCAGUAUAAAGACAUCAUCGUCGGAGACGGUGAAAUGCCACCGAUUGGAUUCCAAGUCGUCGCGGAUUACGUCGCUAUGAACGAGAAAGGAUUAAUUUUUGAUAACUCAGUAGAGAAGGGUAAACCAAACGAUAUCAGAUUGACGGGUGACCCGGAAAGCGCGACGGUUAUCGUCGGUUUGGAUGAAGGCUUACUGAGCAUGAGGUCGGGAGGAUUGCGAAGGUUGUACAUUCCAGGCGAUUUGGCAUUCCCGAAAGGUUUAGCGUCGGCACCGGGCAGACCGAAGAUUCCUCCGAAUUCGCCGGUUAUGUUCGAUGUGAAACUCUUAUACAUUCCUGGACUAGACUGA